AAAAAAGAUAUAUAUAAAGCGGUCAUUCUGUGAUAAGAGAUAGAAAGUGGCAGCGACUUAAAGAGAAGAAGAAAAACUUGAGUUGCAGAGAAGAAGGCAGCGUGUUUGACAUAUAUUUUGGUUUGCAUCCUAAGCUUUGGGGGGUUCAUAGCACUUAGAAAAUGCUGGGAGGCAAAAAAAAAGAUACAAUGAUAGAAAUGAAGUCAAGUAAAAGUAAAGCUUUAGUGGAAUAUCGGGAAGAGAAAAAGUGCAAGAAUGAGCAGUACAAAAAUUACUACAGCAAGUCGUCUGGAAAACAGUUGCAACAUCAAGCUCGUAGUUUCACUCUUCAUAACUCCACUGUCACUUAUGGCAAUGCCGAUGGAUCAUAUAUAUCUUCAUCCAGGACUAGAAUGACAGGGAGUGAGGGAGUGACCUUGGUAAAAAGCAAAGAAACUGAGACUGCUAUAAGGCAAGGAAAACGCAUCAGCUCUGAGACAGCUACAAGGCUAGGACAACUGAAAAUCUCUGAUACUGCUACAGGGUGGCAAGCAAAACGCAAAAGCUCUGAUACUGCUACAGGGCAAGCAAAACCCAAAAGCUCUAAUACUGCUACAAAGCAAGCAAAACCCAAAAGCUCUAAUACUGCUACAAAGCAAGUAAAACCCAAGAUAUCUGGGGGACUUCAUAAUAACAGGGCCACUGCAAUCUCAAUGAAGGUGAAGAUAAUGAGCAGAUGAUCACUCGUAUGAUUUAUAUGAAUAUGACAAUGAUUAUUAUCCGUGAGGUUGACUAGAGGCGUCAACUUUUGAAGUGAUAAGUCAGUUUUAGAUGUUAAUUUGCAGCAUGUGGCAUCUUUUGGAGUUGUAAAAAUGAUAUGGUUUUAAGUUAAAUACUCUUGAAUAUCUAUGAAAUAUGGUUUCAAUAUUA